CACAGCUGUUUCGCAGCGACAGUGACGUCACGCUUGGCAAUCAAUUUUUUUUAUUUUGGAAGUGAACACGUUUAUCGGCUAAUACUUGACUAAACAUAAAUAAAUGCGUGAUAAUCUGGGCUCGACCAUGUCGUUGAUGAUUGCAAUGGGUGGCUAGUGGCCAAAUAAAAUGAUAAAAUCAGACAACCGUUAAAAGAAAGGUAGAAAGAAGUUGCCACGACCGAUUUAUUUCAAAACAAUUGGUAUUAUCAGGUUAAACAAUGGAAGUACCCGUUCAUCCUCUGAGUCAAGAUCCUACUGCCGCUUGGCGGGACAUCAGUAAAACGCAGCGAGUGAUCAAGGUAACUAUGAAACCACCAACCACCACAGUGGCGCCGAACAAAGCUCGUGUUGUCUGCAUGUCGGACACCCACUCCCUGACGCCCUACAUCAAGUUCGACAUCCCGGACGGCGAUAUUUUCAUCCAUGCCGGGGACUUUACCAAGUGUGGCCAACUGGAGGAAGUAGAGGAGUUCAACACCUGGAUAGGAGCUCUGCCCCAUCGGCACAAGAUCGUGAUUGCCGGCAAUCAUGAGCUUAGCUUUGAUCGAACCUUCACCCAUCCUUUCCAGAAGAGUCAGGGCAAGGCUGCGAGCAGCAAGCACACCGGCAUGUCCAUCCUGGACGAUUUGCCCACUCUGGGCAACGCCAAGGAAAAUCUGGAGAGUGCUGUGCAAACCCAGAAUGUUCGCCAGGUGUUGACUAACUGCACCUAUUUGGAGGACGAGCUCCUUGAGAUUUGGGGCGUUCGCAUCUAUGGGUCACCCUGGCAGCCGGAGUUCUGUCGUUGGGCCUUCAAUGUCCCACGCGGACUUGCCUGCUUGGAGAAAUGGAACCAGGUUCCCGCAGGCGUUGAUAUUCUGGUAACUCACACGCCACCCGUUGGUCACGGAGAUCUCUGCUGUUCCGGGGUGCGAGCCGGAUGUGUGGAGCUGCUCAGCACCGUGCAACAACGGGUGCGACCCAAGUACCACGUUUUCGGACACGUUCACGAGGGCUACGGCAUCACCAGCGAUGGCAGGAUCAUCUUCGUGAACGCCUCCACGUGCGACAUCAAUUACCUACCCAACAAUGCGCCCAUUGUGUUUGAUGUGACGCUCCCGCCCGGAUUCAGCAAGGAUUAGUCUCAGUCUGAGACUCUCAGAGAAGGAUAUUUAUGAAUGCAUUUGUUGCAGGUUCAAUGAAUUUAAUUUAAUCCCACUGCAAACCCCUAUCGUAAGGCCUAAUUUAAGUUAAAAGCCAUAGUGAGAUCUCUAGAGA